GAGGUCUUCAACAAUUGUGGCGAGCGAAGAACAAGAAGUCGGACGCCGGAGACGCGCCAGACGAGGUAUCGAAGUCCAACACUCUCAAGCCUCCAAUCAACAUCAUCGAUCACAAAUGCAUUCCUCACCUCAAAUAGCCGUUCUACCUUACGCUGUUAUGCAUUGCUUGUCAUCAUCGAUAUCACAUGAUAUUCUCGUUCGAGACAGGAUCCUUGUGAAGGUCGCUGCUUGCUCAACGCAAGCAUUGCCAGUCUCAGCAUGUCAGGACUAUCGGGUUUAGCGGAGCAGAGCGGAGCCGAGCAAGCUGCAGCCUCGACUCUGCUCCAUCUUCGCAAUAUCCGCAACUCUAUCAUCGGCAGCAGUAAUCGCAAGGUCGCUCUAGUAGCCAGCCAGCCCCUUACAGAAUUCAUCGAGCUUCUGUCUACUCCCCUCGGCUCGCCAUUGUGUCUCGAAGUCCGCACGCAAGCUGCUACGGUGCUCGGCUCACUUGCUCAGAGCGCCUCGACAUCAAAGAUAAUACUUUACAGCCUUUUGAAAGAGCCAAUCGUAUCGGCCCUGCUUGCUUCACUUUCAGAGCUCGCUCACGAGGAUGUGCUACUCGUCCGGGACCCCACCAGCGACGCUGCCCAGGACACCCACCGCCCUCAUAUCCAGAAUGAAGCUGUGCGCGCCAUUGAGGCAAAUUUGAGAGCUUUGAAAGCCCUUUACACUUCAUCCAGCUCUUUCGUGACCCCUAGUGUCCGUUGGGGCUUGGGCUCCGGGCAUGGGUUCAUCCGUGGAACUGAUCGUUCGACUUGCAUCCUCCGUUCGGCCCGGAGCAUCGAAGUGAUAAGUGCGAGGUACAGGCCACAAGGAGAUCCGCGCACUCAAUUCGACAAUGGGAGCGCAGAUACGUCAAAUGGGCGCCUGAAGCUGGUGUCCACGCCUCCUCGGUCAGAAAUUGACGAUGGCGAGCUGCGAAUACUCAUCAGAGCUGCGAUCGCCGAACUCUACACUCCCACCCAUCUACAACUUUUGCUCAGCUGUCUUUUUCUAUCGCGACUGGUUGAUGGUGAAAGCGAGGAUGCUGCAUAUGACCUGAUUGGCGACUUGUCAUCCUCCGCUACAAUCAAAGCAUAUGGCACGCAGCACGCUGACGCUCAUUCGCUAGCACGGUCCCCCUCAAACAUGAGCCUUGCGUCGGAUAUAGGCCCCUCGAACGCUCGCCCUCAGGCCCAGGGCACGGAUGUGCUGCAUAAUAGCCUACAUUCCAAUAAGGAUCAUCUACGGCGCGGGGCUCAAGAACGAGGCGACAAGGACCUCUCCUCCAGGCGCCGGCCUUCGAACCUCUCGCAGUUGGAUCAGACACGCCUCACAGGUGUUGCAGAAACUGUAUGCGUCAUCCUCAGCACCACACUAGGGACGCCAUCUGGGCCGAUCAGUGCGGAUGCAAGCGUCUCACAGCUCUAUGGAGUGACGGUGCCGCACCAGAAUGAAGGCAAGAGUGCAUCCGGUACAGAAGCGAGCACACCGCUCGAGGAAAUCGCCGAAAGGCGAAAAAGGGUUCUCGCCUUCACGGACGAGAACGAUUCCGUUUUGAGGGCGAGAAAGCUUGUCGAAGGCGACUUCAUUCUACAGUCCAGCGAAGAAAGCUCUGCGGCAAAGUUGCCGAAAGGGAAAGAGCGCGAGGUUGUACAUGUCGACAUGGAGAUGGGCGACGAUGCAACAAUGGAUAAUGUUCAAGCACAAGAGGCGCGAGGAAGAUUGGAGUCACGACCUGCUGGCAUGGCGGCGCGUCUCAUGUCAUUACCUGGUACCGAUCGGAGCAAGAGCCGUCCACGCCGUCGCGAAGAGGAAGGUUCGGUAUUAGAAAGGCUGAUCUAUCUUGUUGAAUGUGAAAGCGGACGGACGCAAGAGGCUGCUCUGUGGGCCAUCGCUGAGCUUGUACGGGAGAAUGCCGAGGCUAGCGUCAAAUUCUUCAAAUGCCAGAUGCCGUCAGGCAUUCUUCCCACAACUAUGCUCCUACGACUGCGGAACGAACGUUCAGUGCCUAUUAGGCUGGCUGCAUUCUGCUCACUUGCGCACAUUAUCAAGGUGCACCCUUUCACUCCACAAACCAACGCGUUCGUGCUUGGAGAGCUCAUCAGCCUUCUCUCGCACACUGAUGAUGUAUCAGUGCAAAUCCAGGCAUGCUUCUCGUUGGCGAGGCUCAUUGCCGACGAUGCCGAGCUGCAGACACAAGCGUGCGAGGGUCAUGAUUGCAUGCGAAAGCUCGCUUCGCUCCUGCAAAGCACAUCGGCAGCCGCUGCGACUCAGAGCGAAGUGGAGGAAGCCAAGUUGACUGGGGGAUGGCGGCCGGAUGAACUCAUUUUGCGCCUGCGAGAAGGCGCUCUGACGGCGCUUGCCGCUUUAACCUACGAGCAAGAUGAUAUCAGAAGGAUGCUGGUGGACAUGAAUACACCAUCCAUACUACCCAUGGUGGUGCCUUUGUUGACAGCAGCUGCCCUGGGCGUGCGUGUCGCCGCUUGCCGCCUCGUCAGAUCGCUCUCUCGCAGCGUGUCCAUAUUGAGGACUUCGCUGGUGGAUGCUGGGGCGGCAAGUCGACUUAUCACGAUCCUUAAGGAUGAUGCGGAAGAAGAAAUCGUCAAGACGGAGGUGAUCGCGACGAUCUGCAACUUAGCCCUCAAGUUCAGCCCAAUGAAGCAACUUCUAGUCGAGAGCGGCGGCCUGGCGAAGCUUGUCACACUCGCAAAGGUUGAAAAAAACGAAAGCAUUCGGCUAAAUGCACUUUGGGCGCUCAAGAACAUACUUUAUUCCAGCGACACCGAGACCAAGAAGACGGUGGUUGAAGCGUUGACAUUCCACUUCAUCGCCGACCUCGCUCGGGCGCGCAGCGCAGCGAUACAAGAGCAAGCGCUGAACAUCAUCCGGAAUCUCGCUUCGUCGCGCGAGGCGGACAUCGAGCUUGCAAUGCAAGGGUUUGGCGAAGACAAGUUGUUCGAGCUGAUCGAGAAUGUGAUUUGGGCGGGUGGAGAAGAUGCUGUGAUCGAACAUGCUGCAUUCAUUCUAGUCAACAUCGCGACAGGCAGUGAGGACCACCGACGCGCGAUCAUUACCCGACCCAACAUCCUUGAUGCACUGCUUUACUUUCUCGGUCAUCGACGUGCUCGCAUUCGUGAUGCGGGAGUAUGGUGCGCUGUCAACCUUACAUUCAGGAUGCCGAACAGCGCCGGAAAGAAGGCCGCCUCUCCGCUCGACGCAGCCGCCGAAGCACUCAGCCGACUGCGCGCAUUUGGCUUCCCUGAAAAGCUGCGCGAGCUCGUUGUGGAGGAGGAAACGCUCGACGUGCGCGAUCGCGCGCAGACCUGCCUCGCGCGAUUUGAACAGGCUUUCUGAAAUGACUCAGACGGAUCUGUUGUAUUGCUCCAGAGGCUGUAGCACGACACGUGUAUUGCAAUCUAUUCCUUGGUUACAGGGCUUGCUGCGAAAGGAAUGCGUUCGCUGCGGAUUCGGC